UCAUCAUGAUACACUAUAGACAAGGUUUCAAGUGGGGUGUUUACAUACUGGGCAACUCUUUUAGAUACAUUAUCAAUGAGAAAAUAUUGAGAAAUUAAUUUGCCAUAAACUUUUCUUUUCUCUCCUCAAGUCAUUCCAAGUUAGACUCAACAACCUUUUUAAACAGCUAUGGCAUUUCUUAUGAAUCAAAUGUUGGGCAGUAAGUUAAAGGGGUUUUCUGAUGGAGCUGGUGAAGGUGACGGAAAGGCUGGAGCAGGUGGUAAAGAAACGGCCGAGUCCAAAGGCAUGUCCAGGGAGGAGUUUGAAGAAUACCAGAAGCAGCUGGUGGAAGAAAAGAUUGAGCGAGACAAAGACUUUGCAACCAAGAAGGCUGAGAGGGCAAACCUGAGAGUUGCACUCAGAGAUAAAUACCGUCUACCUGAUAGCGCUCAAGACAGUGCAAUGAUUCAGAUGGCUGGGGAUGAUGUCGAUCUCCCAGAGGAACUGGCCAAAAUGGUUGAUGAAGAUGAGGAGGAAGAGGAGGCCAAUGAUUCUUUCCUCAACAAGAUUCAAAACAUGGACUUGGAUGCACUGAAGACCACAGCCCAGAGCAAAGUGACUGAGCUAAGGCAGACAGCUGAGGAGAAAUGUAUCCUCAUGUAAAUCCUAAUGUCAGUUCAGGCUCCUCACCCAGGCUAAUUUUACUAUUCAAAUUAGACUAUUGUGCAACUAUUGUUUGCACAACAAGUUAUGGUUCUGCAGUGCAUCUGUUCAACAAGGUAAUUUGUCUACAGAAAAUUUUUGUUUUUUUUUAUGUGAAGCUUUAUAUGACUUUUUCAACCCUAAAAAACAUAGAAGAAGCUAUUCUAAAAAUUAUUAUAUAAAUGUGUUUAUGUGAUUCAUCUUUUUAAAAUGUGAUAAAUGUCUGUUUCAAUUAA